CAAAUCGCGAAUCUCUCCGAGAUACGCAGAAGUGUAUGUCAAAAGUGUGAAUCGUUCUUAGACUAAAAAUUCGCAGUAACACAUCAGACGUUCGAGAGUGAUUGCAGAUGAAGCAGAAAUCAAGUGGUAACAUUUCACCCAGAGACGAUCUGUUUAAAUGUUAAUUGAAGCUAUGUCUUGAAAGAAGAGAUGAGAUGAUUACAGUCUAAGCCCACACAAAUUAAGGAGAAUUUUGAACGAUAAUUUCGUGAAGUCUCUCGAAGAUCAAACGUGCUAUAUACGCUUAACAAGAAGUAUACAUUUACAAUAAUCAAAGCCAGUGUGUAAUUGAGUUGAAGCCAACAAUAGCGAUUGGAGGUCAACUUAAUGAUGUGUAAAUGGUGAAUAUGAUUUUAUGAAUUUAUACGAAAAUUUCCAUGGUUAAUUAAUGAUUGUGUCAAGCUUGGGUAUUGUGAGUUUCCACUACAUUUCACAGAUACUUCUUAUCACGGAAAUUACGACACAAAAGGAUGUGAGCUGUAUUGAGAAAUUCAUUCAAAGCUGUUUCUACGAUAACAAGUAACAGGGUUGGUGAAUAUUCAUUACGGUGGAUCGUUACUUUAGAAUCGCUGUGAUCGGCAUUCUGCAAUCUUGAAAACCGUCAACGGAAAAGAUAUUUAUUAUCAUAUAUAACCAUUCUCAGCACGACCUCAAUUAAACCAGGAAUUUACGGCUUCAUUAGAGAAAUUGCAUGGCCCUGAAGACAAAUCACCGCGCCUAAUAGAUGCAAUUUAGCAAACACCGCUCUGUCGCCCUCAUCUCAAAAUUGUUUAAUUAACGACAAAGCCGAUAGUGCUAGCUUUAAGAAAGACGAAGUGGUGAGAAAGCCAGCUUCAUUGUUUUAAAUUACUUCAGACGGAUUUCUGACAGCUGUGGCGUAAUUGCUGUGACCAGGAUUAUUUAAAACGCGAGGAAAAGUGUUGUAAGCAUUUUCUUUCGGAUUUGUAUACAAUUUUCUCAGUGGUAUUGACGACGAAAGCUGCAGCGAUGGGAACGGACUACACGCCUUAUACAACCUCGGUAAACACCUUUUUUGAAAAUAGUUCAGACUCUUUGACAAACAUUCAAAAUGCUACGCAAGCAACGAUUCUUCAGGAAUCUGACCUUAUGAAGUUUCAGGUAAAAUACGCUCGGAUUCACGGAUAUGUCAGUGCUUGCGUUUGUUUGUUCGGGUUUUUGGCAAAUAUUGCAAAUAUAGUAGUGUUGACGAGGAAGAAUAUGAUAACGUCUACAAAUGUUAUAUUAACGUGUCUAGCUGUUGCUGACCUUUUUACAAUGUUGGAUUAUUUUCCGUUUGCCAUGCACUUCUACAUACUAAAAGACCCAGACCUACAAUUUCCGAGUACUCGGGGAUACGGUUGGAUAUGUUAUCUGCUUUUCCAUGCAAAUUUCAGUGUUGUAUGUCAUUCUUGUGCAAUAUGGCUGACCAUUGAGUUAGCAACCUUCCGUUUUGUUUGCAUAUGGUUUCCAACCCGAGGGAGCGCAUACUGUACUGUGAUAAGAGCAAUAGUAUGUGCAGCAAUCAUCCUAGGGUCCGUCUUAUUUUUGUGUGUACCAAAUAUGAUCAUAAACAACAUGAAAAGUAGCUAUUCCAAUAUCACUGUUGGAAAUACAACAAGACUGGACAUUGUCUAUAACCAUGUGUACAGAGAAGGAGGGGCAUUUGUACACAUUGACAAGCUGAAUAAAAUGAUACAAGCUACCAUAUUUAAAAUCCUUCCCUGCUUUUUACUUACUGUAUUAACAAUUUUGCUGGUUGUUGCUAUGCAUAGAGCGUAUAAAAGAAGAAUGGCCUUAAAGAACCAAGGACGCCGCCAGGAAUCGGAUCGCCACGGCGAACAUAAUAGAACAACAGUGAUGCUUCUUGCGGUUGUUGUCUUGUUUUUGCUGACCGAGUUACCACAAGGAAUUUUAACAAUUAUGGGUUUGAUUGAGGAGAGGUUUUUCUUCGAGGUUUACCAACCUCUGGGCGACAUACUAGACAUAAUGGCUUUGUGUAAUAAUGCAAUAAAUUUUGUUUUAUAUAGUACAAUGUCAAGGCAGUUUCGAGAAACAUUUGUUUCCACGUUUUGCUGGUUUUGUCCGAAGUCAAGGCCUGGUUGGAUGAAAAUGGAACUUGUAAAAACAAAACCAACACAGAACGGAAACACUAUGAUGACAGAACAUACCCAUGUAUAGUUUUUUAAACUGUAUUAUUUCAAAGCAGCUAUGCCUUAUCACCGUUCUUCGAGUUCGUGUCGUAUAUCAUACCUGAUAGUGAUUCCUUGCUAGUACACACUUGUUUGUGUCUGAAAUAAUAAAUAAAUGGCUUUAACGCAGAGGUGUACUGGUCAGGAACCCAGGCAAUCCUUGCGUGUAUCAGUGCUAUACACUGGGCACGUUAAAGAACCAGGCUGUCUAUUCGAAACGAGCUAGGCUAAGUCAGCCGGACAAGCCUGUAUCUGAUUUCUGAUCUCUGUCGUGGGGGGCUUUGUCUCACUCUGUCCCUCUGGUCAGAUCGCUCUGUGACUGUACUAAUAGAGGAUGAAUUAUGCGCCCUGUGUGGCUGUAUUUGAACUAUGUAAAGCGCCUUUGAACGUGAAAUUGAUCAUGAAAAGGGCGCUAUAUAAAUCUGGUAUAAUAAUAAUAAUAAUAAUAAUAAUAAUACAAAGGAUAACUUUAUUCAUUUCUUUAUAUUUGUCUUACAGUUAUUAAUGAAAGAUCUAAUUCAAGGUAAUAAGUGCUGUAUCAAUGUUGUAUUUUCUAAACAAAAGCAAUAUUUUAGACACGAAAUUAUAUUAUCAACACAAAAUAAUUUGUAGAGAAAGUAUAACUAAAAAUAAGAUGGUCUGGCAUAGCUGUUUUAAACUGUAAAGAAUUAUUAAUGCUCAUUUUGUCCGAUAUAUUAUAUGUACUGUAAAUGCUUUUGUUGGAUAGAUCACAUCUUUACAAACAUUUUACAUCAAAAUAUUCCUGCCCUCAGAUUCUACAUCUCACAUAAGCAGAUUCAAAAUAGUUUCGUCGAUUUUGUUAUGUUCAAAUUACGUCUUCAGUUGUGUUUCAAUACAUUUUUUAAUAAGAAAGAAGAAUUCUUAAAAUUAUGUUUGUUCUUUAAUUUGCUGUUUACGAGAGAACGAUGGAUGAAAUGGACGUACACAAUCAUUUUAGUCUGUCAAAUAGUUUGUUUCGUAAAUGUUUCACUUCAUAUAAAUCUAAGAUAAUAACUUGUCAUUAAUGACAAAACUACUCGUAUAUAACUUUCUUAAUUUGGUGACAAAAUGAUGUCUAAUUAACGCGGAUACAAUGAUAUUUUUGUUUCAAUUUUCGAAAUGGAUUUACGUUUUCCAAGACCUUUCAGUGAACCGAUAAUAAAUCUUAUCAUCUUGGUCUAUCUACAGCAGUUGUACUGUAUUCUGUAUAAACAAAACAAGAAUUCUGUAUUAACAAAAAAAGAACGACCAGCAGUAAACGAUCUUAUUAUAAUAUCUGACUGAAACAUCCAAUUUGCUGUAUUGAAAUAAGUGUUGCAAAAGGACUUUAGCUUUGAAACAUUAGGAAAUGGUGGUUUUAUAAUGCGUUUGACAAUAACUAUUUUGUCGUUAUUUUUAUGAGUUGUUUGGUUAAUAUUUUCAACACAAAUAUACUUUUUACGUUUAAGAUUUUUGUGAGUUAAGUGUCAUUCUAAAAUAUUCAGUCUCGUAUUAUUCAGGAGAGCUAGAAGAUUAGUAAUCAAAAUAAAUAGCAAUAUUAGGACUCCAGCUGAUAUUUGGCGAAUUAUAGAAAUUAAGCACACUGGCAUACAAAAUAUACUUUUCACACUGACUGAAAAUAGGAAAGUACACAAUUAUGAAAAGUUUGAUUAAAAUGGACAUUUUGGAUUUUUUUCUGUACGCGAAAAUGUCAUCGAAAGUACGAUUGUUUUCCAUACAAGUGCGUUGUGAUAUUGACCGGAGAGGCAGUAUUUUCUAAGCGGUCUGACUAAAAAACUCGAGCACAUGGUAGUAUCUUUUAAUUGUUUUAUUUGCUGAAUUUCCUUAAAAUACAUUUGCGCUUUGACAUAUUUGUUCUGUAUUGUAGUUCCUUAAAAAUAAAGUCCAAACACAAUUUAGGUUAAUUUAUUUUAUGUUUAAAUGUUUGUAUAGAUGUGAAUCGAAGGUUGCUGUGUAAAUGUAUUCACAACGUGUCCUUUAUAAUGUUGAAUUGAAGUUAAGGAAUAAUGACAUACAGAUAGACAUAUCACUCAUGUUUCACUAUUUCAUUGCAAAGGAAAAAAGUGUAAAUAAUUACUUUUAGAUAAAACAGUAAUUAAUAAUUGAUUUUAUUUAAUGUUUUAGACCCACACUGGUCGGAGACCAACGACCGGACACUUUUUAAACUUUUUUCACGAUAUCUUCAGUAAUUCUUUAUACCCGACACUUGAAAUUUCAAUUGAAUAAAGUUAAGUCAUCCUCCAAACCAAAAUGCAUAUUUGUUUACCGCUAAAUAAAAGGGUUUUUUUUUGUGUGUCAAGAACUUACAUUCAAAAGAUGUUCUAUGGAAUCUUGUAGAAAAGCAAGCGUCUGAUUGAUCGGCAACAAAUGAUUCAACUCUAGUGACAAAAUAAAGCGUUUACAGGGGUGUCCGGGUUUGAUGGUCAUCCGGAUUUGUUGGUCGCUGACCAAUAAUGACAGUCGGCAAUUUCCGUGCCAUCACGUAUCUUCAUUAUGCGAUCUCGCAUCUUUCGGCCAUAACAGAAAAUGCAGAAUGCCGAUAUUGCAUUCAGAGAAAACGGACACGAACGGAAAAUUACGGUUGUCAUUACUGGUCCAUUACCUUAACCUUCACCCUGCUAAAUUUCUAAAAUGGACUGGUCCAUCUUUCAAUUUAGGCAGUACCAUUUGUUUAUCAAAAGGGUGUUCACUGAAAAUUUACUUACCGAAUAGCGAAUAGUGCAGACCAUGAUCAGACAGCUGAUUUUGGUCUGCACUGGUAGCAAAGGCAAAAUCACUUGUCGUCAGCAGGCUAAAGGUUAUGUCUUUUCCUGUUAAAAUUGUCUCCUCGUUAUGUAAAUUAGCUAUUGUAAUAUUUACAGAAUGACCAUUUAUUAAUUGAACACUUUUAAUAUGAUUAUCAAUAUAAAUGUGUAUCAUAAGGGCCAAAAAAGCCAUACUAUAAUUACAUGUUCAUGCCCUCUGCUCAACUGAGUAAAAAAUGUUUAAUUCAAUUUUAGCAUUUUUUUUUCAACGGUUAAAUGUUUAAUUUUACAAAAAGAACUGUUCCUUUGUUAUAUUUAGAGACGAUGAUUUUGAACCCGUUUUCUAGUUGAGCUUUGAGUAAUGUUUAUUUCUUUAACAAUGCUAUUUUCAUCAGUAUAUAUUUUAAAACUUCGUUGCUUUUUCCUUGUUUAAGCGAUAGAUAUGCAAAUUAAACUCAUAUUUGAUAUAUAAUUCUCCCUCUUUUAUUUUAUGAAAUGUUUAUACUAUACUACGAGCUGAAUCAAUACUUUGAGUGCUAGUUGUAUUCCUGUAAUUAUGAAAUAGACAUUUGAAAUUUUCCACCAAGGUGGAAAAAUGUUGUCAUGAAAAUCAAAUAUUCUAUCAAGUGAACUUCAAACCUUUCGUGCAUCUUAUGAAUUCAAUACUCAACCUUUAAUUCUUUAACAUUCUUAAUGCUUUUUAAUCGUUACUUUAGUUCACAAUUCGGUUUUUGUUGGUUUUGGAUAACUCGAUUAUUUUGUGCGCCACCACGAGUGCUUAAGUAGUCUGUGUUUGAUGUAACAACUCUAUUGAUAUAAGCUUAUCAAUUUUACAGAAGGGUACCUUAGUACUUCAUAAAUGAGCCGUGCCAUGAGAAAACCAACAUAGUGGGUUUGCGACCAGCAUGGAUCCAGACCAGCCUGCGCAUCCGCGCAGUCUGGUCAGGAUCCAUGCUGUUCGCUAACAGUUUCUUUAAUUGCAAUAGACUUUGAAAGCGAACAGCAUGGAUCUUGACCAGAUUGCGCAGAUGUUGGUUUUUUUUCAUGGCACGGCUCAAAUGUUACUCUUAUAAAUAUAUAAUUCUGAUAGCAAUAUGCUUUCUGUUUGCAAUAUAUGUAAAUAAACAUUAGAUUUAUAAAUAUAGCAAUAAGUUGAUUUACGUUAAGAUGCAGAAGUGAUAUUAUGAUAACUAUGACUUGAACAUUUGUUUGUGUAGUAGUAGGUAUUGUGUCUUCGUGUUGAAAUGGUUUUUUUUCUGUAAGAAGUUCUAAUGUUGUAUAUUAUUAGGAUAUUUGAUGUUGUUAUAUGCAAUACAGAGAUAUAUUUGGACGAACACCUGUUCGGCAAAAAUAAAUUGGACGAGCCAAUAUACAUCCCAUUUGUUUUUCUGGACGUGUUCGAGUCCAAGUAUAUCUCGUAUUAUACAGGAUAAUGUUAAAUAAUCUUUUUAAUAUCUGCUUAUUUUUCUUAGUAAUUAAGGACGCAGAGGCAUCGCUUCAAUGAACAAUUAAAUUAAAAUGUUGAUAUUUAGGCUGGUAGUUUUGUUGGUCAGCUUUGUUUACCGUUAAGUUAAUAAUAGAUAUUCAAAUUUGUUGAAUCGUCCGAUACGAAAUACAUGUAUAUUGUAUCAAAUACGGAAAUAUAUUGGACGGUCACAUGGUACAGAUGCGAAUCAUUGAUUGGAAGAGAAAAGUAGGUAUAGAAAACAAUGCAUUUUAUUGUAAAUGAAUAAUGUUUGCGUUUCAAUAUAUACAGAACUCAUUACCGCAACCAUUGUUUGUUAAAUAUAUUUUCAUAGUGUAUGUGGAAAUUUUCAGUUGUAUAUCAGUAGGAAAUGUGAUAUCUUAAUGUACGAGUAAACUAUACAUUAAUUUUAUACUUUUUCAUCUUUCAACCUGAGAAACAUAUAUGAUAAUAUGUAUGAUAAUCAGCUGUUCGGUAGGUCAUCUAAAAUACCUUUUUAAUAGAUGUAAGGGGUCAUUUCGCCUUGUCGUAGUUAUAAAUACAAUAUUAGCAACAAAUAUUCAGGAAGACAUACAUAAGUUCAACUGUGUGUUGCAUAACAAGAAUCAUGCAAAUUAGUAAGUUAUCACACGCUAACAAGCAAAAGCAGCGGUAAAUCCAUGGCCUUUUUUCUUUGAAACGUUUGUUUCGCAGGAUAUAUAGAAUACAAAAUGUAAUUCAAUGCUGUUUCAUAUGGAGUAACAACGACUCACAAUGUCAAAUUGGAACCAUGGUCACAGGAAUAGAAUGUCAAUCUAUAGCCUAAUAAUAAUAAUUUAAUGAAAAACAAAACUCAACCUGGACAACAACUUAUUCUAACGUUUCAAUUUUGGCUUAAUCUGUUAAUAAAUAGUUAUGGAACUUUCUGAACAGUUUAAUUAGCAUAUUAAACCAUUCUCUGUGAGGUCUUCUUUUUUAAAUUUCGAAGACGAUUUCAUUUUCAAAAUUUCUCAUGAGGCAAACUUGUACACAUAGAAGACAUUUUUGAGUCGGCUAAACGCUGAAAGCGUUUUGACGAGUCCUUGCUGUUCAGCGAUUCUCAAAAUGGACCAAAUAACACAGUGAAGGGAUGUAGUUCCAUUUGAUUUCUCAAACUUCAAACAGUUCACUGCAUGAAUGAAGUAAGUUGUGUCAAUUCCCUUUGCUAUGACCAAUAUACGAUUUAAUCUGUCAUAUUUAUGACUUGUAAUUGUGCAAUACUCGAAUGUAACUCAUUAAGCAUAAAUGUGCAUUUUAUGAAUUGCGCAGGCUUACAAAGCUUGCGUAACAUCCAGCGAAAAACAAAAAAUAGUUCCACAGGGCUCCAGAUAAGAUGCGUAUUAGCGUAAAUUAUGUAUAGAAAUAAUGCAAAUACGCAUGUCUAAUAAUUUCUAAGCGUAUAAAAACGUAUAUAAAAUUACAGAAAUGCACACAAUGCUUUUUUAAAAACAAAAUCUGAAUCGUCUGGAUGCGUUAGGUAACAUAGCCGAUCAGCCUUAAUUCUCCCACAUUGAACGUAUACACGCAUCGUAUGAUUUCUAUAAACUUUGCGUGAGUUGAAUUUUGCAGUCAGUAAAUGGAUAAAUUAUCGGAAGAAGAAGCUCUUACUGGUUUGUUUAGUUACUACAGAUAUUAAAAAUGAUUUUAAUUCUUAUUUUUCGAGAAAUAAACAAAUCGGCGGAACAUUAAAUUGUAUUUUCUUGUAGUUUUUGAAAUCGAAAGUAGAUCGUCUAUGUUUGGCUGCUUUCACGAAACGAAACAACUUUUUAUGAAAAGAUUUAAAUAAGAGGUAAUUUAACCGUAAACUUCAAUGUCAGAUACUGCCAAUUGCUGCUAAAUGUCUUCAUAUCAUCACAAUUUGUAAAAUAUAUUGUUGAAACUGGAGAAAAGUGUAAUCGUAUCUGGAUAUAAUAUUUUGGGUAAAUAUCGAGAUGUGUUAUGAAAUUUCAAGAAAAAAAACUAAAAACAAACUGAAACUGGUAGACUAUACUGUCAGUACAUCAAUCAUUAGCCGACUCAGGCCCUUCAGGCCUUUGAUUUCGCCUUAAAAUUAACAGCAUUAACUACUUUAAAAUUUCGAAAGAUCCAUAUCUACAUGUAUGACAUAUUUCUUAAUCUUGCAACAAGUCAAAAUUCUCUUACAGUUUGGUGGAUCAAACAGAAAGUAACGAACUCCUUACUUGAUUCACUUUUGUUCCAGCUUUCAUUUUAGUUAAGACUGUACCUUAACAUAAGAAGCUUUCUAUAUAUUCGGAAGCAAACUUAAUGUUGAAAAAUAUAUAAAUAUUUGCUAUGAAGUAAAGUUAUAUUGUUCGGAAUACAAUGUUUUUUGUCAAUAUUUAGUUAAGUUUUUGUUUUAUAUAUAUAUUAGUAGUAUGGCGUAUGCGUUUGUUUCAAACUUAAAAAUAUUUAGUAUCGUACUUAAAAUCGAAUGAUGUGUCUGUGUUCGUGAUUUGUUUAUGUAUGGACAUGACUCAUUACAGACUGCAUGUUGUCAUAUUAUAAACAACGCUAUUUUAGUUUGAUUUCAUUUAUUACAAGUUUUUAAUCAAUGCUUGUUAAGUUUAAAUCAUUUUUAUAUGCUUAUAUAUAUAUAAAAAUAUUUUAGAUUUUACCGCGCGAUUAGUUUUUAGUUCCAACGUAGAUAGUGCCGCCUAACUAAAUUUCGUACAUAAAACAGUUCAUCUUUUAGAAAUAUUUUUUUCACAUUCUCACAGUGGAUGAUACCGCAAACUGAAUUCCUCAUGAAAGUUGUUUAGGAAUAUUGUUUUUUUGUACAUUCUUUUAUAUGUAUGUGCAGUGUUGCAGAGUAAGAGUGCUGAAAAAAAGAUAUUCAGGCAAUGCUUACCGGCAAAUGUUAAACGUACAAGAGACAAUGGCAAACAUGAAUAAGUCACUAGCAAUGACGUCAUAAAGAUAGUAACCUAAUAAGAAAUCAUAUGAGCCAUGCCAUGGGAAAACCAACAUAGUGGCUUUGCGACCAGCAUGGAUCCAGACCAGCCUGCGCAUCCAACAGUUUCUCCAAUUCCAAUAGGCUUUAAAAGCGAACAGCAUGGAGCCUGACCAGACUGCGCGGAUGCGCAGGCUGGUCUGGAUCCAUGCUGGUCGCAAACCCACUAUGUUGGUUUUCCCAUGGCACGGCUCAUAUGAUAAAUAUCAUUACUAUCUACAUGCAUAUUAAUGUAUUUUAUGUUUGUAUUACUUCAUUUUGCCAGUUUAUGUCCGAUUUAUAAUGCACGAGCAAUAGUAAGUAAGUAAUACGUCUUUAAUAAUACGUAGAAUAAUUUGUGGCCUAUUGAUAUAUACACCAGUGUAUAAUUUGCGUGAAUAGACUGUUCAGUUCAGUUCAUUUUGUUAUUUGUAUAGGAUUUAAGUAAAAAUGUAUAAUUUGUAUUUGCAUCAAAUACGAGUAGAUGACAUUGCAGGAUUACAGUUGUAAUAAUAUUUGUGCUAAUAUUUGUAGUAUUAUUAAUUCCUGGUGAUAAAUUCCUGUUGCCUAGAUGUGCAUAUCAUCACAUUGUUUUGAAGCAGAUGUAAGUUGAAAAUAGUCUUUCCUUGUGUAGUGUUACGCUGAUCACGUCUCCGAAAAUGUUUAUUUUAUCACUGAUUUUCACUGUUAUUUGUUUCAUAUAUCACAUCAUGUAAUUACAACAUCAUAUCUAGUGACUAGAUUAAACAAUAAAAACGUUGUGAAAAUA